UCAUCUCGGUUUCUUCCGCACAGUAUUGUACUUUACAGAAAUGGAGGAAUCGAACGAGAGAACCACUCUUCUGGAAAACGGCGAUUGUCUCACUUCGUCAUCAACGUCUUCAAUAACCGAAAUAAGAUUUAAAGUUUAUAAGCGGAGGUGGUAUGUGUUAUUCGUUUUUACAGCAAAUGCGUACGUCUAUAACAUGGCAUGGAAUACCUGGGCGCCUAUUCAAGAACCGACCAAACUUGCUUUUGGCUGGACAGACUUUGAUAUCCUUUUGCUCUCCUCCUGGGCUGCAAUUUCACUCAUAGUGACUUCGGUACCACUAACGUGGUUAAUGGAUUCUAAAGGUCUGAGAGUGUCUGUGUUAUUAACAGCCUUUUUGUCAGUGCUUGGGAAGGUCUUUCAUGUUAUACCAUUUCAUGACAAGGAAGUGAGGACAAUUGUCAUCAAUAUAGGUCAGUUCCUUAUCAUGGCUGGAGGGCCAGUAUCCAUUGGUGGACCCCCCCUGGUGUCUGCAACCUGGUUUCCUCCUGGGGAACGCACCACAGCCACUGCAAUUGCUACAUUAGCUGGGUAUUUUGGUAUUGCUCAGUCUUUUGCCAUUGGACCUGCCAUGGUACCAAACCAGUUUGUGCCAAGCAAUGCAAGUAAUUCAUCUUCUUCUGAUUGCCCUGAAAGACUGACAAGAUUAGCAGAUUAUCAGUUGACAAAGUAUAUGUAUUUUGAACUUGGGCUAUGUGCGCUUGUUUUUUUCUGCGUCCUUCUCUAUUUUCCAGCAAGACCACCACUUCCUCCAAGUCUCACAUCUUCCACAUCUCAGAGACUUAGCACUAAGUCUUCAUUUCGAAACCUCACAAGAAAUCGGCCUUUCUGGCUGUUAGCAACACUAACUGGAUUAACAUUCGGAAUCUACUUUGGAUGGUUGUCGAUGCUGGACGUAUUCCUUGCAAAGUUUGGUGUGGAUGACAUUACCGCAGGAUGGCUGGGAUGUUCUGCUACCUUGGCAGGGGUGUUUUCUGGGAUUGCACUAGCCAGGUUUGCAGAUUACAUAAGACACAGAACCAAACAAAUACUGGCCGUGCUCUUAAUUUUAUCAACACUUUCCCAGCUGAUUUUCAGUUUGUCCUGUGCAGGAAUCUUGCCAUCCACAAAACCACUUCUAUACAGCUCAAUCAUUUUUGGUGGGUUUGUGUACAAUGGCACAUUGCCAUUGUAUUUUGAGCUUGCCAUGGAGUGCAUUUAUCCUGUUGGAGAAGGCAUUGCUGGAGGAAUUAUAAUUACUACUGGAAAUGUAGUUUUACUCUUGUUCUAUGUGGCUUUUAUGAUGCCACAGUCUGACGUACGUUGGAUGAACUGGGUAACAGUCUCUGGUCUUGGAGUUUGCUUUUUAGGGUUGUUGAGUUAUCGAGAAAGGUACAGUCGUCUUCAGUUAGACAUUCUAGAUAACAUUCCUUCACAAAGAAACCUAUCUGAAAGUGUAGGAUAAAAAGAACUGCAGAAUUAUUAUCGUUUUUCUUUUAAUGAUUCAUCAGUGUAUGAUAUAAUUACAGCACAACCAAUUACCCACAUUGCCCUGGUAAAUUUUAUUGUUUUGUUCAUUUUUUUAAGGCAAGAAAUUUGUCCCUGUUUAACCCCUUAGUUAAGACUGCAAUGAUCAAGAUGAAAAGCAAAUAAUUAAUACCUGUCUGAACAUAUGGGAUGAAAAAUGAAACAAUUUUUAAUUUAUGGCCAUAAACAUUUCAUAAUAUGAUAAGAAAUAAUCUUUUUUUUUUCUAAAGACACUACUAAUACCAGUAAAUCAAUAUAUAAAUGAAUAGACUGAAUUAAAGCUUCAGCAUAAAUAAAUAAAAAGCGAGAAAUUUGUAAAUUCCUAAUUCAAAAUUAACAAUUAUCUUUUAAAAGUUAAUAUUUUCUACCUCUAAAUUUAAUGGCAAUCAAGGAGAGACAACAGUCCCUAUACUUAACAUAUGAGAUGAAGAUGAAAAUUAAACAAUUUUGUUAUUUAUUUUUAUAAACUUACAUUGCAAUAUUUAAUGCAAAAUAGCAAAUUCCUUUCCUUUCAGAACUCCACCUUAUGGCCCCUUUUUUUGGGGACAGCAAAGUGGUCUCAUAAUUUCACCCAUUGAUAUGGUCAACGGCCACAUUCUAAAAUCAAAAACAGUAGAAUAUUUCAUAAUCCCCCCCCCCAAUUAUUAAGGUCACUAGCCCUAGAUUUGGAAAAUCAAAGUUCCUGUGAUGUGUCAAUUUCAUUGAUCUCCGUCAUUUACUAAUGGAACAGCCCAGUUACUAUAUGAAUUUGGUAAGCAAGAGUGCAACAUUCCUCCUAGUUUUCAUUUACAAACAUGUGAAAGGAAACAAAUCUUGAUGCAAACUUCUGCUCUGGAAAAACCAGAAGCAAGUAUGAAAUUUGGCCCUAGAAUAAUACAGACACCCUGUUAACCCUUUAACUCCCAGAUCAAAUUUGUUAUUCUGCUUACUGUAAACCAUACAAUUCUCAAAAUGUUAGUUCAGAGAAUUUAGUAUUGGAUCAACUAAUUAUCCCAAAUUGAUAUUUUUCCUUAUUCUCAUCAUUUAUCUGGUUGAUAUUGUAUUGAUGUUGUAAGGAGAAAUUCUGUCUUGGUCACUCAUGGGAGGUAAAGAGUGAAUACAGCCAAUUUGUUCUAGCCCGUUGGUGACUUCUUUAAUGGGGUUCCUGUGUACUAGUCAAUAAGUAGACUAAAACAUAGCCAUGCACAGCAUGCAAAAUUUUCUUGAACAACAUUCAUGUCUUAAUUUUUAAUUUAAAUGCUACUAAAAAAGAAUUAAUAAAUUAAGACAAAUCUGAAAAGAUGUGAUAAAAAAUGAAAAACAGUAUUUGUAUAUGUUUAAAAGAGUGAUAUGUUUGGCAGUUAUUAGAUCAAAUUACAGCCAAAGCAUGCCUUGCAUGACCUUAUCAAAUGGUUUUUGUACAGUAUUACAGUUACCAGAGGAUAAACAUUUAUUUCUUCUUACUUUUUUAAAUAAAGAUUGUUUUUAGCUUGUGUUUGGCCA